GUGGUGCGACUGUGGGCACAACGACUGAGAAGAGGCUCUCAGCUGGAAGCACAGCCACCGAUUUGCUUCAGACAAACUUCUUUUGAGGGAAAACACGCUAGAAACGUCCCACAAUGGUUUCCGCUGGACUCCAGAUGCUUGGAUCUGCCCUGGGAGUCAUCGGCUGGAUCGGAGCCAUCGUGGCCUGCGCAGUGCCCAUGUGGAAGGUGACCGCUUUCAUCGGGGAGAACAUUGUGACGGCACAGACUGCUUACGAGGGCAUCUGGAUGAGUUGCAUCAUGCAGAGCACAGGUCAGACGCAGUGCAAGGUGUACGAUUCCAUGCUAGCACUGUCCCAGGACCUGCAGGCUGCCCGUGCCCUCAUCAUCAUCGCCAUCAUAGCAGGCGUCGUGGGCAUACUCCUGGCUACGGCAGGGGGCAAGUGCACCAACUGUGUUGAAGAUGAGUCCUUAAAGGCUAAGAUCGGAAUCGCUUCCGGAGCCGUGUUCAUCACUGCUGGAGUGCUCUGCCUCAUCCCCAUCUGCUGGACAGCGAACAUCAUCAUCCGUGACUUCUACAACCCUUUGGUGCCCUCGGCACAGAAGCGGGAGAUUGGGGCAGCUCUGUACAUCGGCUGGGCUGCCUCCGCUCUGAUGAUCAUCGGGGGAGCCCUGCUGUGCUGCAACUGCCCGCCCAAGGAAACCUCAUACGCUGCCAAGUAUUCAACAGCGAGGUCCGGCGCUCCGGGACAGAGGGUCUGAAGGUGUCACUCUCAAGUGUGACUCAAGAUCAAGUGUUAAAAAUUGUCUUCCCUUCAGACCUCUGAAAUGGACACAUAACAGCCCUGUUUACACGUUCCACGGCAACGUGUGCACUUCUCUGUUGCAUUAAUCCACCAAGAGACCUAUGAUAUAUCAGACUGAAAUUCAUUCAUGUGAGCCAUGCUGCCCUCAUGGAGAACUGUGACAGGCUCGUUCAAAAAGUUUUUAUCACCGUUUGCCUGUCUGUAUUAAAGUCCAUUGUUUAUACUAUGUAAUAGCUUACUGUUGUAUUGUUUUGUUCAUUUAUA